AUGACAUAUUCUCCGGCUAUGAUUGCAGCCAUGACUUACAAAACUCUGCAAGAUGUGGUGGGCCAUACCCCUUUGGUGCGUUUGCAGCGCAUACUACCGCCCGCGUCGGCUGCGCGCGGCAAUGUGAUUUUGGCUAAGCUCGAGGGCAAUAAUCCGGCCGGCUCCGUCAAAGACCGCCCUGCCAUUUCGAUGAUCCGCCGCGCGCAGGAGCGUGGGCAAAUCAAGCCCGGCGAUACUUUGAUUGAAGCCACCUCCGGCAACACAGGUAUUGCCUUGGCCAUGGCCGCCGCGAUGAUGGGCUAUAAGAUGGUGUUGCUUAUGCCAGAGGAUGCCAGCGCCGAGCGUACCCUGACCAUGCGCGCCUUUGGUGCCGAGAUUGUUUUAACCCCCAAGGCCGGCAGUAUGGAGCUGGCCCGCGAUAUGGCUUUGCAAAUGGAGGCCGAGGGCAAGGGUUUGGUACUCAACCAAUUUUCUAACCCCGACAAUCCCCGCGCCCAUUACGAGGGCACGGGCCCUGAGCUGUGGGAGCAAACCGGCGGGCGUAUCACCCACUUUGUCAGCGCCAUGGGCACUACGGGUACGAUCACGGGCACCUCGCAAUUUUUAAAAGAGCAAAACCCGCAAGUGCAAAUCAUUGGCGUGCAGCCGCAAGAAGGCGCCCGCAUUCCAGGCAUACGCAAGUGGCAAGAGGCGUAUUUGCCAGAGAUUUAUCAGGCCGCACGGGUCGAUGCCUUGCACUACGUCAAUCAGCCCGAUGCAGAAGACCUCUGCCGCCGUUUGGCGCGUGAAGAAGGCCUAUUUUGUGGCGUAUCAUCGGCAGGC